CUGUCCUCGUCCCUCAAAAACUUCAACAGUGGACUUCAGGAGACAACAAGACCCAAGGCAACAAUGUCAGCCACAAAAUCCAAAUGGCCCAAAGGAGCCAAAGCCGCCAUCGUCGUCACUCUCGACAAUAUGGGCGAAGCAGCCGACCUAGACCGAAACCUCUGGCCUCAAGAUCAACCCAUCGGAAAUCACUAUUCCGUCAAACAAGUCCUACCGCAACUCCUCUCAAUCUUGAAGAAGCACGAUGUGAAAAUCACCUACUUUGUCGAAUCCUGGAACUUCACAGUCUACCCCUCCGCUAUCUCCGACCAACUCGCCUCCGCCGGCCACGAAAUCGGUUGGCACGCAUGGCGUCACGAAGCAUGGAGUAGACUCACCGACCCCGAAGCCGAGCGCGCAAACAUUGCGCGAAGUUUCGGAGAUGAGGGGUUGAAAGGUUUUAUGCAGAAAGGCGGACCCGGAGAGGAGAUCAAAGAUAUCUAUAAAGGUUUUCGACCUCCGGGGGGGAUUGUGCAUGGAGAAAGGACGCUGAAGUUGUUGAGAGAGUAUGGGUUGCGGUAUAUUAGUCCUGCGGGACAUCAUGCUGCGAGGGUGGGGAUUGAAGGAGGGAAAGAUAGCAUUGUGGUGUUGCCGUUUCGGUGGAGUACAGUUGAUGCGUAUUAUUAUAUGGAGACGUUUGCGAAGUUGAGGACUCUCAAGGGGGUUCUUCCGGAGGAAGUGCAGAGCGCGGAGGUUUUGAAGGAGUGGUAUAUUCGACAGGUUGAUGAGGCGAUUGAGGAGGGAGGGUAUUUGUCGUUUUUGUUUCAUCCGUUUUUGACGAAUGCGGAGGAUCUAGUGAGGGUUUUUGAGGAGGUGGUGGAGUAUUUGGUGAAGAAGAGAGAUGCUGGAGAGAUUUGGUUGGCGAGGUGUUGUGAGGUUGCGGACUGGAUUGCGGGGCAUCCGGAUGUUGUUGGUGAGGAUCCCGUGUUGGAUGAGACGACGUGGAGGUAGUUUGAGCAAAUGGUAUCAAGCGUUCGGGCCGUGAAC